AUGGAGAAAGUGGAGUUCGAAUGGGACAAGGAGCGGAGGUUCGAGAUCGAGAAGGUGCCGCCGGUCUAUCUGCUCACGGCGCUAUCUAUGUCUAUCCGAUCAAAUCUCUACGAGGCGUGA